AUGACGAGAAAAGUGCCUGUGUCCGAAGUACUGCAACAUUCCAAGGCAGAUGAUACCUGGAUAGUGGUCGAUGGGAAUGUGUAUGACAUGACGGACUUUGCGCCGUCUCAUCCAGGUGGCCCAGAGAUCAUACAUCAAUACUCUGGCAAAGAUGCCUCUGUACCGUAUAAUGAAGUUCACGCGCCCUCACUAAUAAAAGCGUCACUCGACCCAAAGCAUCACAUCGGCAUUCUUGAUGUCUCUACAAUCACGGAAUCAUGGGCUGCAGCAAACACAUCCACAGUUAAACCGAAGCAAACCUUAUCGAAGCCUCCGCUAGAAGACCUCAUCAACAUAUACGACUUUGAGAACGCAGCUCGCCAAUCAUUCACCAGCAAAGCAUGGGCUUACAUUAACGGCGCGUCCAACGAUAACAUCACAAGAGAUAUUAAUGUCGACACCCUGAAGAAAAUCUGGCUUCGACCUGCCGUGAUGAAAAACGUCAGACAAGUCACCACAAAAACGAAACUGUUCAGGUGCAAUCUCGAAGCCCCCUUUUUCGUAUGCCCAACGGGAGCAGUCCGAACCGCAGGAGAAGAAGGAGAACUGGCGCUUGCGCGAGGCGCUGGUCCAUCCGGCAUCAUCCAUUGCAUUUCCACACCCGCUUCGUACCCUCACGACGAAAUCUUAGAUGUCACUCCCGAGCACGCCUUCUUCCAGCUCUAUGUGGACAAGGAUCGCGAAAAGUCUGCAAAGUUACUCGCCCACAUUAGCAGCAACAACAAGGUCAAGGCCAUCUUUGUUACGGUUGACCUACCAGUAGUGUCGAAGCGAGAGGAUGAUGAACGAGUCAAACCCGAAAACAUGGUGGAGAAGAAGGUGACCCAGGGCAAAGACCAGAAAGGCGCGGGGCUUGCAAGGCAAUCGGGUUCGUUUAUUGAUCCAGCGGUGACAUGGGACGAUAUAACCUGGGUUAGGAAGCAUACUCACCUCCCUAUUGUUAUCAAGGGCAUCCAGAGGUGGGAAGAUGCCCAGACAGCACUGAGACUUGGUUGUCAAGGAAUAGUUGUGAGCAACCACGGCGGCCGAGCAGCGGACACUGCUCAGCCCUCCAUCAUCACCUUGCUUGAGCUACACAGGAACUGUCCUGAGGUGUUCGACUCCAUGGAGGUUCUCAUAGACGGUGGUUUCCGGCGGGGAUCCGACAUUGUAAAGGCAAUUUGUCUUGGCGCCUCGGCAGUCGGAAUGGGACGGCCAUUCUUCUAUGCCGUCAACUACGGCACGGCUGGAGUCGAACACGCAAUCGAAAUAUUGCGAGACGAAAUAGAGACGGCUAUGCGUCUGUGCGGAAUGACCAAUUUGAUGGAGGAUGCGGGCCCCGAGUUCCUCAAUACGGCUCCUGUAGAUCAUCUUGUAUGCCAUGGCCGCCAUCCGUACGUCAGACGAGGCUUGAAACCGAAAUCACGACUUUAG